AUGGCUUCAAGUUCCCAACAAUUGACUCCGGUCAAGGUUCGGCUGCCUCAUCCGUACUUGACGACUUAUUUUCUGGAACCAAGCAAGAUUCAGAACGGCAAGCAACUUUUCCAGCUUCGGAAGUCAAUAGAGGGCGAAACACAGCCUUUCCCCCAUGUUCUCCAUAGCGAUAAGCUCUACUUCAGUGCGCCGGCUGAAUCCGAAAAUGUGGUGCCCGAUUCCAACAACACCGCAUGGGCCCGCGCGCAACGAAGUCCAUUAAGUCUCUGCACAUGGGAAGGGGCCUCUGCGCCAACAGUGGCCCAAGUCUGGCUAUUCCUAUACGCCAUCUUUACCGUGCAAGAGACCAUCGAGACCUUCCGUCUCCAGUUGCAAGGUCCCAAUGCUGAAGCUCUGUCGCAUUCCCUUCGACUCUCAAUGGUCGCUAUUGACCAUCCACGACCUAUCAGCAGUGCCACUAAGUAUGAACCCAUUGCCAAUGAACUGCUGGUUAUGCGCAGUGCUUUCUGGCAGGGAUGUGCCUCCCCUCUGGGAUCGCAACCUAUCUGGCUCCCGAGCUGGAACACAGGUGCCGCUGUCCCUUCUCUCGAAUACACCAUGACAUCGACAGAGACUAUGCACCGCCGUCACCCCCGGCGCAACCCCAAACCCACUCCCGGAUCCAUUGUUUACAGUCGCUACAUCCCCUUUCUGGACGAGCACUUCUCGCUCAUUGCGCUGGACUACCAGAACCCAGAGCAUCUGAAUCUCUUCCACACCUGGCAAAACGAUCCUCGUGUUGCGAAGGGCUGGAAAGAAACCGGCACUCUGGAUGAACAUCGCGACUACCUGCGUAGGCAACAUGAGGACCCACACACCCUCACCGUUCUUGGUCGUUUCAAUAACACCUUCUUCUCCUACUACGAGAUCUUCUGGGCCAAGGAGGACAACAUUGGGGCCCACUAUGCCUCGCAGGACUUUGAUCGAGGUCGUCAUACUCUCGUGGGUAACGACGCAUUUCGUGGCCCGCAUCGUGUGAUGGCAUGGUGGCCAAGUAUGAUCCACUACUGCUUCAUCGACGAUCAUCGCACUGAACAUGUCAUUGGUGAACCCAUGUCUACCAAUGACAAGGUUCACACUUACGAUUAUACUUUCGGCUUACACCAGGAUCAGCUUCUUGAUCUCCCACAUAAGCGGGCUAGUCUUGUUAAGGUCACUCGGGAACGCUUCUUUCAGCUGUGUCCGUUCAACCAAGGCACUCCGCAUAUUGCCGGCACUGGGCUGGCGUUCAAGCCUCGACUGUAA